AUGGUGGAGGAGGCAAGGGAGAAGGGAGUAGAGGCGACCCCAAAAAGGGUGGGUGUCCCAGACGUGCAAGGGGACAAAGGCCAAGGAGUCCAGGAGGAAGAAGAGCACCUGAGUGCCGUGCCCAAGGUGCUAGUGGAGAGUGGGUUAGCUGGUCCGGAAGAGGGAGUGGAGCAGCAAUCCAAGGGGGGUCCUGCGUUCCAAGGAGAGGGGGACAGGCUGACGACUGCUAUCUACCAUGCUUGCAAGGUGUUUGGGCGACUGGAGGGAGAAGAAGGCCCAGCCAGGGCAGCUGCAGAUCGCCUUGUGGGGGUAGUGGACGAAGCAGCCGUGGAGGCUGCGAAGGUCAAGUUGGAGGAGGCGAAGGCCCAACUUGCAAGUUUUAAGAAGGAGAGUGCAGGCUGGAAAAAGGCUGUGCGAAGCGCGUGUGCCAGGGGUUGGGAAGAGGCUGGGAAGGCAAAAAAGAUGGGGAUGUUAGUGGUGGUGCAGAAGAAUGUUGCCGAUCGUGCCCAUUUUGAGCUGCGAGCGGUCAAGUUGGAGCUGGAGGAUAAACACCGUAGGGUGGUGUCGCUCGAGUUCCAGCUGGCUGGCGAGCGGAAGAAGGUGGAAGAGACGCAGAAAGCCUGCACCAUCGCGAACGAGCGAUGGGAUGAAGCGAUGGUCAGCAACGAAAAGCUUCGUGCUCAGUCAAUCAAAGAGAAAGAAGAGUUAGAUCGCAAGAUUGUUGAGUUGGAGCGAGAUCUUGCAGACGAGGGCGCCAAGGCUACGACAGAAAAGGCAACGCUAGAGCAGGAGUUGGCAGACGAGCGUGCCAAGGCGGUGGCAGAGAAGGUUAGGCUGGAGAAGGAGUUGGAGGAAGAAAAAACCAAAGCAGCGUUUGAAAAGGCAGCAUAUCCUGACUUAUGCGUCGCAGCAGUAGAGCAAUUCAAGGGGUCUCCUAACUUCCAGAUUGCGAUUGAUGCUGUGAUCGCCAGUAACCUGGCAAGGGAGAGGCUGGUCCGUCGGGGGUGA